AUGGAUAAAGAACUGUGUGAGAAUGAGAAAAAUGAAUUGAGAUGCAUGUGGGCCGGUAUUUUUAGCAUCCUCAACUCCGGCCAAGGCUAUCCGAGUCCUUUUAAGCUGAUUUCGAGCAGACGGGCUGUGAAAUCGAACAUUACCGAAGAUAAGUCAAGAAAGGUAAAUAAUCAGCCUGCAGGCUUUGAUGAAGAAUGUCAAAAAGCUCAAAACAAAGAAGCAGCUAACAGUGCCACUGAAAAAAGUGUGAGGAGCCUCAUUCAGGAUGAUAUGUACAUUGACAGACAAAAAAACAAGAAGUUUCCCAUAAAGUAUUGUAAACUGCCCAAAGCAGGUUCCAAAUUUACCGAUCGCUCGAUAAAACCUCACGAGCCAGCUAGAAAGACGAGCCAUUUGAGGGCAUAUCAGUCAAAUCGGUCAACUUCAAAUGACAAAAGCUCGGUCGACAAUCAUCAUCAGCCUUCAACAACCUCACCAGAUUCCGACGAGAAAAUCGUGCAGCAGGCUAGGAUGACAAUAAAAGCUUUCAUUGACCAAAUGUUUGUCGAUGGUAAAUUAGUACGUGAACAACCGACGAGCACCGAGCCAUUGCCCUUCUCGGAUGCAUUGCAAGUAUUGAGAGUGAACAAUAGGAAGGAUUCAUUUGUGGAUCUUCUGCAAGAAUCGGAUUCUCAUAAGAAAUCUAACGAGAAACUGGCGAUUUUCUCUGUUCGGGAAAUGAAGCACAAAUUGAAGCAUUUGAGAAAAGAAGCUCCACAAAAAAGAUCAGAUUUUGAAAAUGUCAGUAGAUUCAAGAAACUCGAGCUCAAGGAGCCGCCGGAGGCCAUGCGGACCAAAAUCGAUUUUUCGAUUUCAAGAUUUUCGAAAAGAGAGGAAUUUGAUAUAGCUCUUGAGAUAAAAAAACGACGCCUGUCAGCAAGGCUAAAGAGCUUAACCGAACAUGAGUUCUUCCCGAGAAGGGAUAACCAGUGUUCUUGUUCCCCACGUACGAAAUUAAAGGACUUACUUUCGGAGAAUGACACAUUUACGAGCACAACUGAUGAUCUUCCAUCCACUCCAAGAAGUGCCCACAGCUUAAACACAGCCGAAAACAUCAAAAAUCACGAUGAGCAAGAAAGUCCGGUCUCUGUUCUCGAGCAAUUGUUCUUCGCAGAAGAUGCUAAUAAUAGUCCAUCAAACAUCAUGCUCCAAACCGGCAGAAGGAGAUCACAUCCUAGACGUCUUUACUUCGAAAGAUUCUCAGUCGAGUCAUAUCCCCAAGAUCAACCAAUGACCGAAAAUGCCUACAUUGAUGAAAAAGAUUACAUAUCAAAAUACGUGCAAUUGGUGCUUCAAAGUUCUUUUUUAAAAUGGGAACAGCUAUCAGAAAUCGGUCCACGGCCUCAACAGCUUCUCCAUUCAUCCUUAUUUGAUGAAAUAGAGUUUUUGACUUCUGAUCAUCAUCAUAUCAAUCAUAGGCUUCUUUUUGAUCAUGUGAAUGAAGUUUUACUGGAAAUACACGGGUCCCAUUUCUCAUUUUUCCCCUGGCCAGAAUUUUUUAAACCAAAAAAGUGUAUUUUGCCACUGCAAGAAUUCGUACUUGACGAGAUAAGGAGAAAGACUGCAGAUUACAGUUUACUUACUUCGACUGAGGGAAGAACAGUGGACCAGCUUCUCGCGAAUGAUGUCUCGGAUUCAAGAUCCUGGAUUGAUGCCCGAACUGAAACUGAAUAUAUUAUGAUUCACAUUUCGGAAGAUAUUCUCGAAGAAUGUGUGUUGGAUGUCAUACUUGGGUUUCGUUCAUGA